AGUCGUAUAAUUGCGGGCGGGCUACAGGAGAAAUCUACAUAGAGUAACUCAAGCCCCCAACCACCUCCCUCCCUCCCUCGCUUCUUCCCCCGUCCCGGCCCCUACCUAUCCAAUAUCCAUUUCCUCUGCCUGUGGUGUGCCGCCGCCGAUCUGACUCGACUCACCCGGGAAGAACACCACCAAGCAAGCGUGCUCUCUUUCUCCUGCCAGCCAGGUACCCGCCGGCCGUUGUCGUCUACACUCGCCUACCUUGUACAACUAAUUCUUUAUCAGCAACUCCUUACUUUGUACUAGUCCCAGCAUUUGUUUAUUUGCCAACUUCUCAAGCCCUCUGGUAUACAUGUGUCCUUGACAAGCCGCCACCCGAUCCAUUUCUGCGCCGCACCUUAGCUAGCUAGCCGCUAAUACUUACUUACUUUUUUUGUGCCACUUGUUCCGAUCUGAGAUCCAGACUCACCUGCAACCUGGAGCAAAGCUUCUUGCGCUUUUGUGUCUUUUCUUACCCGGCAGGUGCUUCCACGGUAGAUUCGAGUUUUUAGGCUGGAGUUUGACAAGCCUGCCUGCCGCCAUAGCAACUGAGUAUAAUAAUGAGCUGGUGUUGCCUCCCAAGAGCCAAGAAACAGCAACAGGAGAAGAAUCUCUACUUCCAUAGGCAACAGGAGAAUCUCAACUCUCAAACCAGCAUAAGCGGCAUUUCAGCUGAGAAGAACAUAAGGCUCUUCUCCUAUGCUCAGCUGAAAUCAGCAACCGACAACUUCGACCGAAACAACAAAGUCGGCCGAGGUGGUUUCGGGACAGUAUAUAAGGGAACCCUACCAAGCAAGCAAGAUGUCGCGGUCAAAGUUCUCUCUGCCGAAUCCAGGCAGGGCAUCAGAGAAUUCUUGACAGAAAUCGACGUUAUUAGCAACGUGAAGCACCCUAACCUUGUUGAAUUGAUCGGCUGUUGCGUCGAAGAAGAAAAUCGCAUUUUGGUGUAUGAGUACCUGGAGAACAGCAGCCUCGACCGUGCACUCUUGGCUUCUAACAGUGAUCCGGCCAAUUUUACUUGGAGCAUAAGGUCUUCCAUAUGCAUCGGUGUUGCCAGAGGUCUUGCGUACCUGCAUGAAGAGAUCCCAUCACCGAUCGUGCAUAGAGAUAUCAAGGCUAGCAAUAUACUCAUCGACAAGAAUUACGUACCCAAGAUCGGGGACUUCGGUCUGGCCAAACUAUUUCCGGAUAAUAUCUCCCACAUCAGUACCCGAGUAGCUGGAACGACAGGUUACCUUGCACCUGAAUAUGCAUGGCAUGGUCAAUUGACUAAGAAAGCAGACAUAUACAGCUUCGGGGUCCUCGUAAUCGAGAUCGUCAGCGGCAAGAGUGGCUCGAGGAGCCUGCUGGCUGAUGACAAGUUUCUUCUAGAGAAGACUUGGGAGCUGUAUGAAGCAGGGAACCUCAAGGAACUGGUUGAUCCAGAUCUUGGGGAUUACCCUGAUGAGGAGGCCAUCAGGUUCAUCAAGGUGGCCCUCUUCUGCACCCAGGCGGCGGCGGCGCGCCGCCCUUCGAUGCUACAGGUGGUGAAGAUGUUGUCCAAGCCAAUCCGGAUCAACGAUAGAGAGCUGACAGCGCCGGGGUACAUCAGUGAGUACAAUAGCGGUGUCUCCAAGGCGACGGCCUCCAGCGACUCGAGGUUCAAGAACUCGACCACGGCGGAUGAUUCCGACAUGUUCAGCACCGUCGUGCCCCAGACAGUGACCGACGUCAGCCCUAGGUGAAACAAGGCACCAAGGAGGGUGGCCUGCUUUGUUCCUUUAUUUCCAUUUUGUAGGGUUACUGUACCACAGAGGGCACAGUGUGUCUGCUCAUGAGUUUUGUCUUGGUGAGGCAAGUUAGAAGUUGUAAAUGAUAGAUUAGUGAUUCAUGCCAGGGCAAUGUAAAAUUGCUGGAAGUAUGACGGUAGAAUCAGGCAUGUCGUCACAUUCAGUUAACUUCUCAGCUUUUGGUUUAAGACCAUAAUGUAUUUAUCCAGUCUGGGACCAGGAGAAAACAGUAAAGAGUGCAGUUGUUUGCUGUGAUA